CACGGCGGGUGACAUUGAGAUAGCGUAUAUAUACGGCAGGGCCAGGGUCAGCGGACAUCACACCCCGGUCCGACACACAAGCUGCGACAUCAUGGCUCUCCUCAAGGUGUUCGUCUGUGUCCUCCUGGCGAGUGCAGCGCUGGGGCAGGAGGAAGACAACGGACAGUACCACCCCGAGUUGUAUGAGAAGCCUUACGAGGCAGAGGGCGCUGAGCCUGCGGAGCCUGCCGAAUCUCCUGAGCCUGCUGAACCUGCUGAGCCUGCAGAGCCUGCUGAGCCUGCAGAACCUGCUGAGACGCCUGAACCUGCAGAGAAUCCCGAGGUGACAGCAGCUGAUCCUCAAGUCCAAGCUCCUGUCGUACCCUCUUUCGCUGCCCUUCCCUACCCCCUCCUGUACUCUCAGCACGCGGUCCACCCCUUCCACUACACAGCUCAUCCUCAGUAUCUCGGAUACCCUGCUCCUUUCCCGGCUGUUGUCUUGUAGAGUGUUGAGCACUCGUUAGCACUUCUAAAGUACUUGUAAUAAAGUUCAAUACUUCACAAGCUGGAGAAUAGAUGUGUUUGUAAAUAGUAGUAGAUUUUGUAGCAAAAUUCAGAUUAUAUCUGUGAUACUAUAGGUAUAAAUAAAACUUUGUUUCAUACCUA